CAAAGCAUGGCGUCGUGUUGCUGUCAUUCGAAAGAGGAUGCUAACAAAUCUACGGUGUUUUUGAACAUGUGAAGUGGCUCCAUAAGAUUCCCAGUUCGCUAAACUGGUCUCGUUUUCUUGGUCUAGUAUUUUCUUUGGGUUGUAAUUCUUGUCACGGGACUCUAAGCUGCUAUAGAGCCGGUUAAAAACAAAAUGCUCUCUGUGAAGGUCGCAUAUUUGGCUUCGGCUGCGUCCCGAGCAAUCUCAAAUAGAGUCAACUCUCGUACAUUUGUUAUUGUGUCGGCGUACUCUCGCCUUCAUUGUCCUGUUAGCCAGACUCGCUUUUAUCAAUCAGUAGCUGCGCCGGAAGAGACUGUUAUUCGGAUCCCUCGCUACAUGCAGAAGCAAGUGGAAAAUGUGAAGCAGACUCGAGGUAAAAACAAGAUCAACACCGUCAGAGCUGGCAAGCUGCUGAUCCAGAGCAAGAACCCGGAUCUGAACCAGACUGCAGCAUACACUCUCGGGAGGUUCGAGCAGCCCGUCCUCUCCUCGAAAGGAUGGAAACACAACAAAUCAUUUGGGGACUAUUUCACCAUCAACAACAUGAAGACGGUGGCCCCUUUUGUUGCUGAAAAUCAGAAUGAAGAAGUUGAAAAGGAAGCACCUGUGACGUUUAAUAACCUCCAAAUCUGUAAGGAGCUGGUCGAGACUUUGGAGAAAAUCGGUAUUACCAACCCUACCACUGUGCAGCUGCAGACCAUCCCAAAGGUCAUGAAAGGUCACAAUAUUCUCUGUGCUGCGGAGACUGGCAGUGGGAAAACCUUGAGUUACCUCCUGCCUAUUGUUCAGAGGCUAAUGGCUGAUAAGGAAUCGGAGAUGUACGCUCAGGGCACACGCAAGAUUGGUGCUGUGGUUCUUGUGCCUUCUAGAGAGUUAGCAGAGCAGGUGGCCGCUGUGUCCAGGGGUUUGUGUGCUCAGUUAGGUUUACGGACGAUGACUGUGGGGGGUGGGCGAGGUGUAGGACACAUCAAGGAGGUCUUCAAGAAGGAUCAUCCGGAUAUUUUAGUGGCCACACCAGGGGCUCUAGUGAAGGCCCUGCGGAGACGCUGCAUUGACUUGAGCGACCUGAGCUUCUUCGUGGUAGACGAGGCUGACACCAUGUUCGACCCCAGCUUUUCUGACAUGCUGGAGAGCAUCCUUGUCAACACAAACAUCUCUAGAGAUCCCAAGGAAACAAAAGGCCUGGACCAUAAAGCCCAGCUGCUGGUGGUGGGGGCCACCUUCCCUGGGGGUGUGGGUGAAGUGCUCAGCCAGGUGACAGAUCUUGGCAGCAUGGUUGUUAUCAAAAGCAAGAUGCUGCACUUCCUCAUGCCUCAUGUCAAGCAGAAGUUUCUGAAGUUGAAGGGUGCUGAUAAGAUCCUGGAGCUCAACCAGGCCUUGAAGCAGCUCAAACAGGAAGAAGGAGGCGGUGCUGCGGUGGUGUUCUGCAACAAGAGUGUCACCGUCAACUGGCUGGGGUACUCGCUGGACGAGAUGGGGGUGCAGCACGCCCGUCUGCAGGGGGACAUGCCUGCAGCCGUGCGGGCAGGAAUCUUCCGCUCUUUCCAGAAGGGCAGUGCAGAUGUGCUGAUAUGCACAGACAUCGCUUCACGUGGCCUGGACACAUCUCGAGUGCGAUUGGUCGUCAACUAUGACUCCCCAGAAUCCCACACGGACUACAUUCACAGGGCAGGGAGAGUGGGGAGGGCAGGAGGGAUGGAGGGGGGCGAGGUGCUCACCUUUGUCACGCAUCCCUGGGACGUGGAGCUGGUGCAGAAGAUCGAGACUGCUGCACGAAGGAGAACUAGUUUGCCAGGGAUGGAGUCUGAGAUACGAGAGCCGAAACCCAAAGAGGUAGAGACAGAGGAGUAGAUGAGUCUUUUUGUAUGUUUU